AUGAUGCUUGUGCUAUAUGUCGUCUUCAUCAGCCUGCUUCUUUCUGCACCUGUCUUUGUGCAAGCCACCGGUAAUUCUCCCACAAAUUCACAAGCUUCGACGGAUUUUGAUUGGCUUAGCUAUUUGAGUCAAUCUCCAGAGCAUUCUGUAUAUAACCAUGGCCAACCUGCAUCAGCUCAAUUGUCGCCGAGACUUCACCAUCAAGAUGACAAUCAGCCAGCUUUGCAAGUAGAUCAAUUCAACACAAACAAUAAGCAAGGUGAAGAUCCAAGUGGCAGAAACCUCCAUAUGAUCGAAGGAGAGUCUGCCAAUGUGAAUUACGAGCAACUUUUUGCAGAGAGAGAGAGAUUGAGACGAUUAAAAGUCAGUAAUAGAUCUCAAAGAUAUCGAACAAGGAUGAAAGAAAAGGUAGGAUUCACAAGUCUGGCUAAUGCACGUUUGAGCCAUUUUCGUUCAUUGGAAAAAACAGGACAAAUUUCACAAGAUCAACAGAUUGAAUUGAAUGGUUAUCGUGAGAAAAUGCGUAGCCACAUGAAAACGUAUAAGUUGAAAAAGAAAAACCUGGGUCCUGUUGGGCCUAAAUUGAAAAGGGGACGCCCGCCAAUCCUCAAAGUGCCAAAUGAUCCUAGUAUACCUAAACGAGGAAGAGGGCGCCCACCGAAAGUUAAAAAGACUAAGUCUACCGACAAGCUGUAA